CUCAAAGUGAAGCCGGAAGUGGAUGAGGAAGCUCCGACGAAACAAGUGAAUUAUUGUGCUGGCUCGCGAUUAAAACAAAAAAAUAUGGACGUUAUGGUGUCGCUGACAAGCUGAAAGUUUCAUUACAGACAAAUGUCGGCUAAAGAGGGAGGAGGUGCCAAAGUCUUGGCCUCCCCUGAAAGAAUGGCCAUGGACAAAGGCAGACCAUGCCAAAACCAGAACCAGCAUCAAUGUAGAGUUGAGGCGACGGGCAGUAAUGCAGACACCAGCAUAGCUGCAAAAAACCUGGCCCUGCUUAAAGCACACUCUCUGGACGUAAAGUUUGACGUUGGAGAGGAGUACGAUGUCAUAGAAACCAUCGGUACCGGGGCAUAUGGAGUUGUUUCGUCUGCCAGAAGAAGGGACAACGGCCAGCAGGUGGCAAUAAAGAAGAUCUCCAAUGCUUUUGAAGUAGUGACGAAUGCCAAGCGAACAUUGAGAGAACUGAAGAUCCUAAAACACUUCAAGCAUGACAACAUUAUCGCCAUCAAAGACAUACUGCAGCCCAACCUGCCUCACUCUGCCUUCAAGUCUGUAUAUGUAGUGUUGGACCUCAUGGAGAGCGACCUGCAUCAGAUCAUUCACUCUGCCCAGACACUAACCCCUGAGCACACACGCUACUUUCUAUACCAGCUUCUCCGUGGCCUUAAGUACGUUCACUCCGCAAAUGUCAUCCACCGUGACCUCAAACCCUCAAACCUGCUGGUAAACGAAAACUGUGAACUGAAAAUUGGGGACUUUGGCAUGGCAAGGGGUCUGAGCUCCCACCCGGAGGAAUCUUAUUCCUUUAUGACAGAGUAUGUGGCAACCCGAUGGUACCGCGCUCCUGAGCUCCUGCUCUCUCUCAGUCAUUACAGUUUAGCCAUUGACAUGUGGUCUGUGGGCUGUAUCUUUGCUGAGAUGUUGGGGCGGAAGCAGCUUUUCCCUGGGAAGGACUAUGUGCACCAGCUCCAGCUCAUUCUGAGUGUGUUAGGCACUCCUCCUGAGGGUUUGAUCGGAACUAUCAGGGCUGACCGGGUACGCUCCUAUGUUCAGAGUCUCCCAUCUCGGACAGCCGUGCCUUUGGCCAAACUGUACCCACAAGCUGAAGCCUCGGCUUUAGACCUCCUGCAGGCCAUGCUGCAGUUUGAUCCUCGCGAACGUAUCAGUGUGACAGAGGCACUGGAUCAUCAGUACCUGUUCAAGUACCACGACGCAGAUGAUGAGCCAUCUUGCGUGCCAGCUUUUGACUUUGAGUUUGACAAGCUUCCAAUGAACAAAGAACAAAUUAAAGAGGCCAUUUUAAUGGAAAUUCAAGACUUUCACAAAAAGAAACUGAGUCCUCGUCCAAGACUGCAAUUCAGGCCUUUGCCAAGAGUUAACAGUGGAGCAGCACUAAGCAGUAAACAGCCAGCAACUGUUGACCUGACCAGUGAAACAGUGGUCACAAUGGUGCAGCACCUUGGUGCAAAACAGAUUCAGAAACAGCAAAUGAGAGAAGCGAAAUCCCAGCAGCAACAAAACAACCCACCGGCAGAAGUGAACCAAGCAUUUACAAACCAGGUUGAUCUUGUCCCGGCUCAUGCGCCCCACCAUUUGCCCCUCCUCAGUAAAAGUGAAAGCGGUCCAGUCGAUGUGGACAUGCCUAGUGCCAACUCUGACAGUGGUCAGCUAGAGACAAUAGAUCUAACCACGCCAGUGUCCACCCAGGACGCUCCAUCAGAAUCGAUGAGAGAUGGUGAGGCACAGGAAGAAACACCAAACAACCAGAGCCAGCCCAUGGAGCCCACCUCUAUUCCUGCAUCACAAGCACAAACCAUGACUCCUCUACCAACUACUGUGCCUUCCCUUUCUCUGUCAGCAGCACAGGCCCAGUCUCUUUCUCAGUCUCUUUCACACUCACUGUCCAAGCUUGCAAAGCCUCUUCCACGUGCUGCUGAGGGAACCAGAAAGGAGGGCGCCAUUUCUGAAGAUACCAAAGCUGCCCUAAAAGCAGCUCUGUUAAAAUCAGCUCAAAGAAAUAGAGCCAGGGGUGAUGGAGCUGCUUCGGCGCUGGGCAUUGACGUUGGCGCAGUAGGAGGUAUCUCCUCUGCAGUGUCUUCUGUUCCCGAGUCGCGGCGGCCUGUCACAGCCCAGGAGCGUCAGCGAGAGAGAGAGGAGAAAAGAAGGAAGAGGCAGCAACGAGCACAAGAGAGGGAGAGAAAAUUGAAGGAAAAGGAAAGAAAAGAGAAAAAACAGGGGGAUUCGCUGGGUGGGGUCCUGCUGAGCGACGACGACAAAAGCCUCUUGCAGCGCUGGACAAAGAUGAUGGACAGCUGCAGCGAGAAAUCCCAGACUGCUAUUAAUGAUGGGAAAACUAAGGAUUGUAACCUGAAUUCACAAAGAAUGAGUGAGAACAAUAAAACAAACACAGAGGGGCGGAAAAUUCUGUCUCAUGAGAAGCUAGUUUCUCAAGUAAAACCGAACCAACACGGGCUCUUUCAGCCUCCCACCACCCAGCAGCUAACUCUACCCUUCUCCAUGAGCCACAGGAAGCCUCUAGGAGAUAUAGUUGUUGCUGUACCUGGAGGGAUGGACAUGACUGUCACUGCUGGAUAUCUUAAAAAUGACAGACUCCAACCUCACCCUGGGGGCAAUGGGGAAAACGGGUUCUCCGGUGUGGGGAACUGGAGCGGCCAGCAACUGGAAGCGCAGGACAGGACACCUCAGCCAUCGUCCGGCUUCCUUCAACCCCAGCUCCAACCGCAGAGUCAAACACAGCCCGACCCUAAACCUCAGGCGCACCUGCUUUCCAUAGAGAGUUUUUUGUCCAAAGCUCCUCCAAUAACCAUCCGAGAGACAAAUGGAAACGUGGACCUCAGGAGUCAGAGUAACCUCAACUCAUUGACGGCGAAUACUGGACUCUUGGAGAAACUUUGCUCUUCUUUGGGUGAGAAAACUGCAGCACAAAGUUUAAACCAUCUCUGUGGGACUUUAGGGGUUCCCUCCCAGCCACAUCCCAGCUUAGGAUUUACAGAUACAGGGCAACAAGGACCCUCUAUUGCCCCUGACAUCCAUACAGUAACACUGCAGCUCUCAAAGUCCCAGGUCGAGGACAUUUUACCUCCUAUGAUCUCAGUCACCCCCAAGGGCAGCGGGGCUGGGUACGGGGUGGGCUUCGAUCUGGAUGACCUUUUCAACCAGUCUCUAACAGAGCUGCAGCACGGUGACCGGGACAGCUACGACUCGGCCCCUCUGUCUGCCUCCCUAUUAUCUGAUUGGAGCGAGGUCCACCGCAUGACUGUGGCCGACCUAGAGUCGCUGCAGCAGGAGUUGCAGCUCGGCUCACCCAUGAUUCUCUCUGAUACCAUCCCCCAUGACGCCUGACUUUGCCUUCUUCCUCAAAGACACUUGCGUUUCAACCUAUAACAACUUCAGCAAGAUGUAUCAAGUCAACUUAGGUUUUUUUUCCAUAGACCAUGUAAAACAUUUCUUAAGUCAUAUUGCAUUUCUGUAAUAAAAACAUUUUGGCACCACCA